AUAUUCUCUCUCUCUCUCUCUGUUUCUUAGUAAGAAAACUUUGUAAAGCUAAGAAAAGAUGCCGGCCGUCGGCGUUGUUUCCGGUCCCGGAAGCGGGAAGGCUUACCCUGGGAAUCUAACUCCCUUUGUUACAAUGACUUGUAUUGUGGCUGCCAUGGGUGGUCUAAUCUUUGGUUAUGAUAUAGGAAUUUCAGGUGGAGUUACAUCUAUGGAUCCAUUCUUGAAGAAGUUCUUCCCGUCGGUUCUUCAAAAGGAGCAUGAUGAUAAGUCUGUGAAUCAGUACUGCAAGUUUAACAGUGAGACGUUGACUCUGUUCACUUCUUCGUUGUAUUUGGCUGCCCUCAUCUCCUCCCUCGUGGCUUCGGUUGUAACCAGGAAGUUGGGUCGGAAACUAUCCAUGUUGUUUGGAGGUGUCCUCUUUCUUGUCGGAGCUUUAAUCAAUGGACUGGCUCAGGCCGUUUGGAUGCUUAUAUUGGGUCGUAUACUUCUCGGUUUUGGUAUUGGGUUUGCUAAUCAGUCUGUCCCAUUGUAUCUCUCAGAAAUGGCACCAUACAAAUACAGGGGAGCACUGAACAUAGGAUUUCAGCUCUCAAUCACCGUGGGAAUCCUAGUAGCCAACGUUCUAAACUAUUUCUUCGCAAAAAUGAAGAACGGACAAGGCUGGCGUUACAGUCUUGGUGGAGCCAUGGUCCCUGCCAUCAUCAUAACUAUUGGAUCGUUGGUCCUUCCCGAAACCCCCAACUCCUUGAUCGAGCGCGGGCAGCACGACGUGGCCCGUGAGAAGCUCCGUAGAAUAAGAGGUGUUGAUGACGUGGAAGAAGAAUUCCAAGAUCUAGUUGUAGCCAGCGAGCAAUCAAGGAAAGUAGAACACCCGUGGUUGAAUCUAUUGCAGAAAAAGUACAGACCUCAGUUAACAAUGGCCAUCCUAAUCCCCUUCUUCCAACAGCUAACCGGAAUCAACGUCAUCAUGUUCUACGCCCCCGUUCUUUUCAAGACAAUCGGGUUCGGUAGCGACGCAUCCUUAAUGUCGGCCGUCAUCACCGGCGCAGUCAACGUGGGUGCGACCAUGGUUUCGAUCUACGGUGUUGACAAGUGGGGAAGACGGUUCUUGUUCCUGGAAGGUGGGACUCAAAUGUUGAUUUGUCAGAUCGUAAUCGCUGCUUUCAUAGGUGCCAAAUUUGGGAUAAACGGGAGUCCGGGUGAACUGCCGAAAUGGUACGCAGGUGUUAUUGUUCUGUUUAUCUGCAUCUAUGUAUCUGGGUUCGCGUGGUCGUGGGGACCGUUGGGUUGGUUGGUUCCGAGUGAGAUAUUUCCGUUGGAGAUUCGGUCGGCGGCGCAGAGUAUUAACGUGUCGGUGAACAUGAUCUUCACAUUUCUAAUUGCGCAAGUGUUCUUACAAAUGUUGUGUCAUAUGAAGUUCGGUCUGUUUAUCUUCUUUGCUUUCUGGGUGGUUGUGAUGACGAUUUUCGUGUAUUUCUUCUUGCCGGAAACCAAGAACAUUCCAAUUGAAGAAAUGGUGAUUGUGUGGAGGCAACAUUGGUUCUGGUCCAGGUUUAUCACAGAGGAGGAUUACCCCAACAAUGCAAGGAACGGCGUUGAGAUGGGGAAGAAGGUUUAAUUUCACUAUACAACAUGAUUAUGAACAAACAAAUCCGAUAAUUAAUGUUUCCUAGUUCAUAUUUUAUUAUUAUUAUUAUUAUUAUUUAUAAAAAAUUCACUUUCCAUGGCUA